UACGAGAGGACGAGGAUCCAUGGGGUUACUAGAGAAGAUCCUCCCACCGCGCCUGGAGGACGCGGGGCUCGAGGACUGCGCUCUUCCUCCAGAUUCCAUACACGAGGCCUUCCUCAAAGCCGCCUCUGCUGUCAAGUCACGUGCGGCUACCUUCUUCCACUCUGAUGGUGAAGAUGAGGUUGGAACCGCAUGCGUCGACUACCCAUUCCCCGACAACGGUAAGUGCUCCUCCGAUAUUCUUGAUUCGCUGCUGUGUCCGGACAUGUCUGAUGUCGUAGUGGUAGGAGGGUCUCCAGACCCUGCCUCAGUCUCGGGGAAGGCUGCGUGAAGGGAAAGGAAGGGGGCAGGGAGUUGGUGGAAGGUAACGACAUGGUGGUUGUAGGUGGUGAUGGUGUAGAGGCGGUGGAUGGGAAGGGUUGUCUAGAUGAUGAGUUGAAGGGUUUGAAGAUUGGAGAGAGGGAAAAAGAAGAAUGAAAAUGAGGAGGAUGAUGAGAGGAGGGGAAAGGAAAAACCAACUCUGGUUACGGGUUUCGUGUAAGAUCCCUUCUUGAUGCUUAAUGUAGCUCCUGUCUGUACAAAUUUUCUUUUUCCUUUUUGAAUAAUUUAAGGGUGUGGCCAAAAAAUAAAACUUUAAGGGUGAUGGGAAAACAUCCACAAAUCUCAUUGAACAUGAAAGGAUGUCAUCAACGGUAGUUUUAAUUGACAUCCACAAUAGCUUUAAUUUGCCAAUUGAGAAUUCCUUCAGCAUCAUUAAUCUGUUGCACCACUUCAAGGUUGUUCGAUUCCGCCCAUAGAUUACUCCAUCUCUUUCCAGUACUGCUAGAUGACAAGUCUAAUAGCCAGUGCUUAAGCGGUCUCAGUUGAACUUCUGAAACAACAUAUAUUGAAUCCGUCCACGACUUGAUCCCAGGAGUCUCUAAAAACAGCAGCUAGUUCUGCUUUGUUGGUUUUGCAUGUAAAUGAGGCAUAACAAUUAACUUUGACAAUCAUGAGAGGAGGUUUCUGCCAAAUAAUACUGCCUAAAUCUUGAGCUUGUGCAGGGCCUGGUAUCAUUAAUUGAAUUAUAAGCUUCCUCAAAUUCUCCAUACCCUUCAGCAGCUUGCCUCCAAACUUGACUUGGGUCUUCCUUUAUCCCUUCGAAAAUGGAUUUGUUCCUAGCUUUUCAAAGGUUCCAACUAAAGAUAGCAAUCAAACUUCUGGAACUCAAAUAUCCAAAAUGGCGAAAGUUAGCACAUACUUCCUUCAACAACCGAAAGAAACCAACAAAAUUACUCCCUACUCGGGAACUAGCUCAGAGUACUGGCUCCCCUAGCAGCUGAUAAUAAAAAGAGACAAUGCUCAAUUGAUUUAUUUUCAAGCUCGCAACUUGGACGUAAGGGAGAAAGCAUGGAGACGUUUAAAAAGGUUUGUCUUGAACAGGGGAUUGCUAUGAGGCGAUAAAGGCAUUAGCGAUGUAGUUGUGAGCUUUGAAGGCACCACUCCAGAUGGUUUCUCAGGGGUGUUCGCCCACCUUUAUUGGGAGAUUGUAGGGGAUUGGGUGAUUCAAGCAACAAAGGACUUCUUUGCCACUCGUCGGCUGGCGUAAGAAACAAAUUUAACCCACGUAGUUUUUAUCCCCGAAGUUGCCAAACCUGACGAGGUGUCCCAAAGCAGACCAAUUAGCCUAUUUAAUUUUAUUUACAAGGUUAUCUCGAGACUUUGGUUAACAGAUUGGAAGGGAUUCUUCCUGAUGUUAUUUGCCCGGAGCAGUAUGCAUUUGUUCCUUCUAGGCAAAUUUUCGAUAAUUUUAUUGUGGGCUGUAGGCCAUGAGGCUUUUCAUCAACUGAGAAUCAAAAGAAGCAAGAAGGAUUUUGAAUUGUGGGUUGAAUGUUUAUACAAG